UUGACUCAACCAAGUAUGGCUUCUACUGUUGACAUAGACUUUCCUGUUGAUGGAAUUUUGCCGAAGAAAGAGACAGGGGCGGCGUCUUUCCUUGUCAAGUACCCUGAUUUCGACGGCAGAAAUGUACUUAUCGCCAUCCUCGACACAGGUGUUGAUCCUGGUGCACCCGGUCUUCAGAAAACAACAACAGGAGAUGCCAAGAUUGUUGACUUGAUAGAUGCGACUGGUUCUGGUGAUGUUGAAACAACAACUGUUGUGGAGGUGAAGGAAGGGCGUGUGACGGGCCUCACUGGGAGAACCCUCAUGAUCCCAGAAGAGUGGAAUAUAGAUGGUGGAAAGGUUCACCUUGGUGUGAAAAUUGUGUAUGAACUCUACCCUCGAAUCCUGCGGGACAGGAUCUGUAAAGAACGCCGUGAGAAAACAUGGGACCCACUCACCCGGGAGGCAAUAGCACAAGCCACCAAGGCAUUGGAGGAGUUUGAUGCAGCUCAUACAAAUCCUAAUCAAGAAGAGAAGCAAGAAAGAGAGAACUUGCAAGCAGAGGUCGACAUUCUCACAGAUAUGGACAAGAAAUACUCCGACUGUGGACCUGUGUAUGACUGUGUGGUCUUCAAUGACGGAGAAACUUGGAGGGCAUGUAUAGAUACAAGUGAGCAAGGUGACCUUGCAUCCUGUACAGUGUUAGCCAGCUAUAGGGAGGAGAGGCAGUAUGCCACACUCUCCAAUGAAGAUAAGCUGAACUACAGUUUCAAUAUAUACAAUGAUGGAAAUGUGCUGGAAAUAGUCACAAAUGCUGGUUCCCAUGGAACCCACGUGGCGUGUAUCACUGCGGGACAUUUCCCAGACAACCCAGAGAGAAAUGGAGUUGCUCCAGGGGCACAGAUUAUCGGGGUCAAAAUAGGGGACUCCCGACUGGGAUCUAUGGAAACGGGUACUGCUCUUGUCAGAGCUAUGAUCAAAGUACAGGAGUAUGGCUGUGACCUCAUCAACUACAGCUAUGGAGAGGCAUCACAUUGGUCUAAUUCUGGGCGUGUGAUAGACAUCCUUAGCGAGAUUGUCAACAAACACCGGGUGAUAUUUGUGUCAUCGGCGGGAAACAAUGGCCCCGCCCUGUCCACCAUGGGGACUCCUGGGGGCACUGUCCCUGCACUGAUCGGGGUGGGGGCUCACGUGACCCCACCCAUGAUGGCUGCAGAGUAUUCACUGAGGGAGAAACUGCCAGCCAUGCAUUACACAUGGUCUUCAAGAGGACCCUGUCAUGAUGGCGCUCUAGGUGUUGACAUCAGUGCUCCGGGUGGCGCCAUAGCCUCCGUUCCUAACUGGACCCUCAAGAACUGCCAGCUCAUGAAUGGAACCAGUAUGAGCUCUCCUAAUGCCUGUGGAUGUAUAGCCCUUGUACUGUCCGGCUUGAAGGCAAGGGAUGUAUCCUACAACCCUUAUAGUGUAAAGAGAGCCCUACAGAACACAGCUAAACCUGUGGAAGGGGUUGAGGUGUUUGCCAUGGGUUAUGGACUGGUCCAGGUAGAGAAAGCCUAUGACUACCUUUGUGAGUAUGAGGGAGUGGCAGAAUGUAAGACCCAGUUCACUGUGAGCUGUUCCGGGUUUGGAUCGGGUAUCUACAUAAGAGAGCCUAUUGAUCUGGAGAAACCAUCCAUCGUGGCUGUCACCAUAGACCCUGUACAUUAUGAGGGCAUAACAGAUAAUGAAGAGAAGAUCAACUUCUGCCUGCAGUUGAGUCUGACGUGUGAUGCCUCGUUUGUGCAGUGCCCCUCCCAUCUGGAGCUGAUGAACUGUACACGGUCUGUCUCUAUUAAAGUUGAUCCCAGAGGUCUGCCAGAAGGGGUACACUUUACUGAGGUGUGUGGGUAUGACAUCCGAUGUGUAGAGAGGGGACCUGUGUUCAGAAUCCCUGUAACUGUGAUAGUCCCUGUCAGAGUGACAGACACUUCCGACUAUGUAAUGAAGUAUGACAAUAUGAGUUUCAAACCAGGCCAGAUACGGAGACACUUUAUCCAUGUACCAGAGGGUGCUAAUGUGGCAGUAUUGAGGGUGCAGUCUACAGACCUGGAGAAGAGUUGUCGAAUGUUGCUACAUGCAGUUCAGGUUUUACCACAGUUCCAGUACAAGAAAUUGGAGUUCGAGAAGUUUGUGAAUCUGGCAGACAAGGGGGAAACUAAUCAGGCUUUCCCAGUUGUGGAGAAUCGUACCCUGGAGGUGUGUGUGGCAAAGUGGUGGGCCAAUCUAGGGGAGGUUACUCUCAACUACUCUGUUACCUUUCAUGGGGCCCGCACAUCUUCAAACCCUGUCAUUGUGCAUGCAGGUGACAGUGUGUGUAGGUUUGAUCUCCGCUCCUACCUGAAGACGGAGGAUGUGAGCCCCUCCGUAUCCCUGAAAACCCUCUCUGUGCCCCUCCGCCCCAUUGAUAACAAGAUCAGGUGUCUGGCUGGGACCAGGGAUACUCUACCCGAGGGUCGACAGAUAUACUCUCUCGAACUUACGUACAAAUUCUCUGUGUCUAAGACCGUGGAGGUUACCCCAGACCUGUCAGUGCUCAGCGACCUACUGUACGAGUGUGAGUACGAGUCCCAGAUCUGGAUGCUCUUUGACUCCAACAAACAGCUGCUUGGCUCUGGAGAUGCCUACCCUCACCAGUACAAUGUGAAGCUGGACAAGGGAGACUAUACGGUACUGUUCCAAAUCCGACAUGACAAGAAAAGCACCCUGGAGCGUGUCAAGUCUGCUGUGCUCCUUAUGAACUACAAGUUAUCCAGCCCACUGACCUUUGACCUGUAUGGCACCUGGCAGGGCGCGCUCAGUGGAGGGAAGAAGAUCAACUCUCUCUCAUUGAAGCGCAUGGAUCUUAUUUCUGUCUUUACCGCAGUAAUACCAGAUGACAAGGUACCCUUGGCGAAGACUGCGACACCGGGCUCUUAUCUCUCAGGCACACUCACUCUACUGAAGGAGGAACCGGCUAAAAAGGCUAGUGCAAUACCGUUCAAAUAUGUGAUAACUGAAGCUGGCAAGAAGGCGAGCAAGUCUGCAAAUGGCAAGGACAAAGACAAGGGGGAGAACUCUGAGGAGAAAUCUAAAUCCAUGGAGGAGAAGUUCAUGGAAGCUCAACGUGAUCUCAAAAUUUCCUGGCUAUCUAAACUGGAUAUAGGCCACACAUUGUAUCGAGAAUUGAAGGCAGAAUUUGAGGACCAUAUACCACUGUACAUAGCCAGGCUUAAUGCUAUAGAUAGUGAAAAGGACAGGGAGAAGUGUAUACCAGAGAUCAUAGAAACAGCAAGACUUGUGUUGUCCAAGAUAGACCAGCAGUCGGUUCUCGCUUACUUCGGCAUGAAGUCUGACAACAGUGCUGAGGCUGCAAGUAUCAAAACUAAGAAAGAGGAGAAGAAGGUUGAGAUAAUGACAUCGCUGUUGAAGCUCGGGCUGGCCCAGGCAGACGUUCUUCUCAAUGGCUGGAGUGUAGAGGGUGUCACCGCGGGGGAACUCGACACCACUGUCACGGAGCUGGCCAAGUGGGUAGAACCUACAGACAGCAAGGUUUUGCUGUUGUCCAUCAAGCAUGCCAUGGUUCACCAGCAAUACGGACGGGCCCUCAAACUCACCCUUAAAGAAUGGGACGACAAACCUAGCAAGGAUGCUGGGAUCAAAGUACUCGAGUUGUAUGAGAAGCUAGGCUGGGAUCACUGUCAUCAUUACUUCUCCAACUGGCUGCUGGUGAAAUUCCCGCCUGCAUAUCGACCAUUCUAGACUCCUAACUGCAGGUGCUCAAAUGUGGACCAUCAAUCUUUGCUAUAAUUUGUUUUAUUUUCAUGUAAUGUUCAUGUAAUAAAGACAGGCAGUUUGAGGAAACAUCUAGCAAACUUAGAUAGAAAUAGCAGAAACAAUUCACUUCCAAAUUCUAUGCAGUAUUGGGAAAAUAAUUUGAUAUUUCUUUUGAAAGAAAGUAUGUAAUUUUAAAAAUAACAGUAUAACAACAUGUUGGAAAUAAUAAAUGCACAUGUUGGUGUAAAUUUUUUCAAUAAAAGAGAAUCGGGAGUUUUCAUCGGAUUAAAGGAGUGUAUUUGAACUGUGUGGUCUGGUUAUGUUGUACCAGUCAUAGACAUGUGCACACACCCUCAAUGGAAUCACCUUAUAGGUUGUUAUACAUUCUUUAUUAUUCUGAGCCCAUGCUAAUAAAUGGCCUUAUCAGUCUUGCCUAACAGCAGGUCGGUGUUACCUGUGAUGACGUCUGUAUGUCUUAUAUGAACAAUGUUGUUUUUUUAUGUUGGAAAUCUUGGCAGUCUUCUCUUUAUUCACUGACUCUUCCAUUUCUUGAUAGGUGUUUUAUGAGUGUGUCUGUUAUUAUUCUAUUUACAUAUUGGUCUAUUUAGGAUGUUGGAUUGGUAUAGUAAACAUUAUUCCAUUGUCAUAAAACAUGACAAGUUCUUCCUUGAAGUGUUCAGGGGCAUUUAAUAUUUCCUAGUUUUACUUACAGGGAUUUUAUGUGCACAAUGUUUCGUCUAUAUGACACUCUUGUUUAAUUGAGUUAUGUAAAGCACCAUAUUACAUGUAAUGAACUUAUGAUUGUAUGGAACAUUAAUGUAAUUUUAUGAUUAAGGACUUCAAAGCUAUUGGCUGUAAUUAUUUGAUAUUCAGAACUAAUAUUUGGAGUCCAUCAUUUCUUACUGUAACACACAUUGGCAGUGUCAACAAAUAUGGAUUCUUUUAAUGCAGUUGCAUAAUAUUUCCCUCAGCUUUCUAAUUUGAUAUUGUUAUUCAAACUAAUGAAUUUUAGCUGCUGUUUGAUGUGGCUAUAGUCUUAAUUCCAGUUUUGAUCGGAAAUAUUUUAUUUGGGAGAACAAAGUCAUGAUCAAUGUAUAGAUAGUUUUCAAAUCAGGGUGUCUUUUAAAUCAAUUAUAUAAUUGAAAUACAUGUAACAUGUAAUGAAUUCAAGUGUGUACAUUUUACAGAAAAGAAAUGUUUACUAUUAUAAAUAUAGAGACAAAAGGAGCUGUUACCUUAAAUGUAUGUUCAAGUGUUCAGUGUAUCUCAUGCUCUUCUGUUUUCUGAUUGAUUGUGGAAUCUACUUAUGUAUUCAAGGAAAUCUAUUUAUUUGAUUUCAAAUUUUGAUAUUUUAUAAAACUAAUAAAAGUGUCAACACCA